UUGAAGACGCCUGCGCAGAUGGUGCAGUUCCGCCCCCUUCACCCUGUGACGCGCAGACGACGCCCGGGCGUUUUCCUGAGUUGGUGAUGGAGACACCCGGCGCAUCAGCUUCGUCUUUGUUGCUCCCCGCCGCGUCCAGACCCCCGAGGAAGCGCGAGGCUGGAGAGGCUGGGGCUGUGACGAGCAAGCAGAGGGUACUGGACGAGGAAGAGUAUAUCGAGGGCCUCCAGACAGUCAUCCAAAGGGAUUUCUUUCCUGAUGUGGAGAAGCUGCAAGCACAGAAGGAGUACCUGGAAGCCGAGGAGAAUGGAGACUUGGAACGGAUGCGCCAGAUUGCCAUCAAAUUUGGCUCUGCCUUGGGCAAGAUGUCCCGGGAGCCCCCACCACCCUAUGUGACUCCAGCCACGUUUGAAACCCCUGAGGUGCAUGCAGGUACUGGAGUGGUGGGCAACAAGCCCAGGCCCCGGGGCCGAGGCCUGGAGGAUGGAGGAGAGGCUGGAGAGGAGGAGGAGAAGGAACCACUGCCCAGCCUGGAUGUCUUCCUGAGCCGCUACACGAGUGAGGACAAUGCCUCCUUCCAGGAGAUCAUGGAGGUGGCCAAGGAGAGGAGCAGGGCACGCCAUGCUUGGCUCUACCAGGCUGAGGAGGAGUUUGAGAAGAGGCAGAAAGAUAAUCUCGAACUCCCGUCAGCAGAGCGCCAGGCCAUCAAGAGCAGCCAGGCCGGUGUGGAGACCUGGAAGUACAAGGCCAAGAAUUCCCUCAUGUACUAUCCAGAGGGUGUCCCUGAUGAGGAGCAGCUGUUUAAGAAGCCCCGGCAGGUGGUGCAUAAGAAUACGCGCUUCCUUAGGGACCCCUUCAGCCAAGCCCUGAGCAGGUGCCAGCUCCAGCAGGCGGCCGCCCUCAAUGCCCAGCACAAACAGGGCAAGGUGGGCCCCGAUGGCAAGGAGCUGAUCCCCCAGGAAUCCCCCCGAGUGGGUGGAUUUGGAUUUGUUGCCACUCCUUCUCCUGCCCCUGGUGUGAAUGAGUCCCCAAUGAUGACCUGGGGGGAGGUUGAGAACACACCCUUGAGAGUUGAAGGUUCGGAAACCCCCUACGUGGACAGGACACCAGGGCCAGCUUUCAAGAUCCUGGAGCCAGGCCGCAGGGAACGGCUCGGGCUGAAGAUGGCCAAUGAGGCCGCUGCCAAGAACCGGGCCAAGAAGCAGGAAGCCUUGCGGAGAGUGACGGAGAACCUGGCCAGCCUCACCCCCAAAGGCCUGAGCCCAGCCAUGUCCCCAGCCCUACAGCGCCUUGUGAGCAGGACAGCCAGCAAGUACACAGACCGGGCCCUACGGGCCAGCUACACACCAUCCCCAGCACGCUCCACCCACCUCAAGACCCCAGCCAGUGGACUGCAGACCCCCACAAGCACACCAGCACCUGGCUCUGCCACACGCACCCCCCUCACGCAGGACCCGGCCUCCAUCACAGACAACCUGCUGCAGCUCCCUGCCCGGCGCAAAGCUUCGGACUUCUUUUAGAGCCAGGCCUGGGGCUGGGCCCAUGGACACUUCAUGGAAUCUGCAGGGCAGCUGUCCACCCAGCAGAGGACUCCAGCCUUCUCAGGACCCAGGCCUGGGCCAGAAGCUGUUGACCUUGCCAGGAGCCACUGGAAAAGGGGACUGUGCUGGGGCCAGGUUGGCACAGGCUGGCACAGGACGCACACCCCAGGGCCUUGCCAAGCUGUUUGCUACUUAAUCGGCCCCUUGAACUGUCAUUAAAGAACACCUGGUACAGUCUGGUGGGAUCUCCUCUCCGUCCUGCUCCCCACACAAGCCCCAGGGUUGCCCUGGGGCCUGCAUCACGUCUCAGGACUGCAGGGCUUAAAGCGAGGGGCCCCCCAGGCAAGGAAGCUGCAGGUGGGGUGGCUGUGGGAGCUCCGGGUGACUCUGGCAUUGCUUUCUGCAGCACCCGGAACCUGCAUUCUGAGCUGAGGUCACACACAUCCUCCAGUGCUUUCUGCUCCUCUGGGGAUAAUGUGAAGGAGAGAUGGAGCCCUUGGAAGUUAUACCGCUCAGGUUCACCUGCGGCUCUGGGCCCAGCUCUGCAGCCUCCAAGCUGGGCUUGCCUGCUGUGAGGUGCACUGGUUAUAGGAGUGUUUGGGAGUGCAUAUCAGGUGACCUCAGCUGUCACCUUCUCCUAGCACCUGGCUUCCAGCUCAGAUGGGGUGGGACUGUCCCAUCUUCCUGCCCUUCUGCUCAGCCCUCUGUUAUAGGCACUGCCUGUCUUAUGCUGCUGGCCUUGGCCUCACCUUGUCAGUCCCACCAGUAGGAACACCCAGGUAAUAGUAACAUGGGCCCCAGGCUCCAUGCAGACCUGGCAUGUGCCCUGUGCACUGUGGACGCACUUGGCCAUGGGCCGAGGUUGUAGGUGCCAGACCCUUAGGAGCCUGGUGGCCUUGUGUUUUAGUGGGGGACUGGGCCUGCUUCCUGUGGUGGUAGAGAGGCCCAGCUGGGCCCAAGACCAAGGUCUGGCUCCUAUUGGUGGGAGUGACAAGGUGAGGACUCAAGUGGAGGUCACAGAUUGUGCCCUCAGGGUGGGGGGUCUUGCUGCUCAGGGACACACCUGGCCUCUACUCACACUGGGGUCUUUCCUGCUUUGUGUGUGCCCAGCCUGUGCUAGGCGAUCUUCUCUGGUCCCCUCACUCCUUCCCUAAGGGCCAAAGUUCUCUGGAGGCCGGUGCAGAACCUGACUCUGCCACCUGCUUGGGGCCACUGCUAACCUGUGCUCCUCGACAGUGAGUUCCUGCAGGUUCCUGGGGUGCUAGAUGUGCCUUGGGACCUGCAGGUGGAUGUAGGGGUGCUGGACAGAUCAGGCUGGGACUGUUAAUAGGUGGGGAAGGUGGGGCCUUUGGUGCUUUAUCCCAUAGGAAAGGGUGGGUGUUACCUCAAGGGAGUCCCUAGGAAGUGGGAAGGGAGUGGGGAGGAUCGCGGUCUAGGUGCUGACCACCUCAAGCACUUGGCUGGCAAAUGGGCUGCAUGCUUUGGGAGCAGUGGGUGACCCAGCAGGAAGCACGAAAGACCAACCAGUGCACCAUCACCAAGGGCUGCUGAGCAGCUUACAGGGCCACUGGUCAGGUAGGGCACAGGGGAGGUGAGGUCUCAGCUGAGGCUGCCCCUGGAGGACAAGGCAGGGAACUUGAGGGCUGAGGACAGAAAUCUCAAAUGACUGGGAAAUGGAGGAAGAGGAGGAUGCUGAGGGAGCGGUUGUGAGGGAGUGGGGGCAGGUCAGAGCAGGCUGAACUACAGGAGGCCAGGGGGAGCUGUAGACCUUUGGAGCUGGCCAGCCCCGGGGCAAUGGGGAUGGGGCUAGGUCAGAGGGAGACAGUGUGGGCCUGGUGGGUGGACCCUGGCAGAGGCCCUCUCAUCCCCCACUAGGCCAGGCCAUACCGUGAGUCUGCCUGUGCCUGAGCACCUGUCCUGUGAUCCUAGGCUGGAGACCACUGUGCGUCAGCUGGGGCGGCUGGCCGAGUCCCAGAGAAAAACACUCCUCACUGGGCACUCUCGAUGCUUGUACACACCCUGUGGUUUAUUUGGUGGUCAGUAAGGAACGUCUUUGCUACUAAGUGGAAGAAAGCUAAUGGAAUGUAAUCAAAAUAGUGGUUUAAUUGACGAAUUUUACUUGCACCUGUGCCUUCUUCAGAUCCUACCUGCCUACUUAGUUUAUGUGAAGGCCAACUGCGCCACGCGCCCCCUACCCCCCGCCCCCACUGCACAUGAUGGGGCUGUCACCAUGCUAGGUGCUCGCUUUCCCCACCGCCGCUCCGAAGAUGUGAUGGUCUUUGGCCCUGGAAGUCUCGGCCAGCCUGUCCUCCAUCCUGUCCUCGUUCUCGGGCACCACCAGCGGCCGGUGCUGGUUUUUGGCUCCAAGCUUGUGGUCGGGCUUGUGGUCAGGCCUUGAGCCUGGCUUGGUGUCCAGUUUGCACUCAGCACGGUACUUGCCCUCCCCCUCCCUCUUGAAGGAGGCAGAAGACAUGGCUUUGGGCCUGGGGGGCUGCAGCCACGAGUGGCUGAGGAUCUCGUCAAUGUGGAGCCGCUGGCUGACGUCAGGCUGCAGCAUGCGGUAGAUGAGGUCCUUGCAUUCGCAGGUCAGGUUCUUGGAGCGCGGGAAGUCCACACGGUGCUCCUUCUGGAUACGCAGCAUCUUCCUGAUGUCAGAGUCGUCGUAGGGCAUGGAACCACAGACCAUGAUGUAGAGGAUCACGCCCAGGCUCCAGAUGUCAUACACCUUGGGCUGGUAGGGGAUGCCCUGCAGCACCUCGGGGGCCGCAUACGCCGCCGACCCACAGAAGGUCUUGCUGAGGAUGAUGCGUCCAUUGCCGUCCCGCAGACAUCGCUUGGAGAAGCCAAAGUCAGACAGCUUGAUGUUGAAGUCCUUGUCGAGAAGAAGGUUCUCGCACUUGAGGUCCCGGUGGACGACAUCCAGGUCGUGGCAGUACUUGACGGCCGAGGAGAGCUGUCGAAACAUCUUGCGCGCCAUAUCCUCGUGCAGGGCCCCCCGGCACUUGAUGAACUCAAGGAGGUCGCCCUGGACGCCGAGCUCCAUGAUGAUGUAGAUCCGCCCGUCAGAAGUCUCAAAGAUCUCGUAGGUCUUAAUGAUGGAGCAGUGGUUGACAGUUGCCAGGAUGUCCAUCUCCCGAGGAAGGAACCUCUCCACAAAGUCGGUGGGCGUUUUCUUGCGGUCGAUGAUCUUGACAGCCACAUUGAACUUGAGGCGCUCAGAGUAGGCAGAUUUGACUUUUGCGUAGGAACCCUUGCCGAGAUUGAUGCCCACGAUGUAACCCUUCUUCUUUAGGACUGUGGCAUCGUCCAUGGUGCCAGGAGCGGCUGGCGCCACUGCCGUCUACAUCCCCCCACCACGUGGGCCAGCAGGCAUUGUCUUCAUUUACGCUACUGGGAGGUGUCUGGCUGGGCUGGUCUCGGCUUGGGAGGAUUGGGUGGAACACUCAGCAUUGUCUCUGGGUGACUUCAGCAAAUGAAGUCAUAAAGCUAAGGAGUGGGGUGCGGGGACUGGGCUGGGGGGAACACGGUCCCUGGAACCGUGGAAGCCAGGCUGGUCUGGCAGGAGUACCCGCUCCCCACCCACUGGAAGGAAGCCCGCCCGUAGGACAGGACUGUGGUGACCCUCCCUGCUGCUGCUCCUUGCAUUGGCUUCCCUGUCACAAGUCAGGCCCAAGGGGAGGAGGCCCACGUCCAGCCUGUUUCCCUCACCUGGCUAUGGGGACUGACCCUGCAUUGGUCUUUGUCCCGCUAGGAUGGGUUUCCUGCAGCUUCUUUGGGCUAUGAAGAAAAGACCCCUAGGGCUGUGUCCUUCGUGUGACAGGACAGUUCUCCCUGACAGUCACACAGACGGGCCUGCAUAGCAUCCCAGUUACAGACAAAUUUCCACAGCGAUGCCUUAACACUGAGCAAAUAGUUAAAUCUAGGGAAAUCGGUGCCCAGGCAUCAAAGCUAGAAAUGAAACAUGGUCAGCAGGAGCCUUGCGUGGGCUUCUCCCUUGCUGGAGCAAGCCAAAAUAAUGGGAACGGUUUUACAUUCCUAGUGCCAGGACCUGUCUUGGGUCAACACAGUCUGAGACAAGUCAAGGUAGGAGAGGCAGCUGUUUGAAUAGAUUCAUUGGAGAGUCUAAGGCAGCUCUCCAGACCAAGCUGUAAAGGAGUUAAGAUUGUAAUAAUCACUCUGGUAGCACAGUAGGCAGGCCUUAAAGCUACUGGGCCCCUUUCAAUUGGACUUCGCAAGCAUUUUUUUUUUUUUGUCUCUGACCUUCUACUUGAAACAAAAUUAGUUGCCAGUAGACUUAGGUGAUUGCUGUACUGCACAUAUGCCCAUAACCCCAACCUAUGUAGACACCAAGAAAAUUGUAAGACUUUGAGUUGGUCUGUGGAAUUAUCUCUGGUCUUCUUCCUGUAUCCGGUUGUGGUAAUAAAUUCCCUUCUUUCCUA